UAGAAUUAAAAUUGAAGACGACACACCUUUAUUUCACGUCGGAGAAGUCUUUCUUUAUAAAUAUAAUCAUUUGUUACUGUUAGUGGAAUUUGUUUCUUGGUGUGCAAAAAUCCUUUGCUUUAGGGUUUGCAAUUUAGACCCCUCUACUCUAUCAAAGAUCAAGUUUUUUCUCGCAAUCAGAAAAGCUGGCAAAAACAGGAUGGCUGAUGAUAUUACCAAAGAAAAUCCCGACGAGAAGGUGAAGAUCACUUACAGACCUCCUGCAGAACGUUCGUUGCAAGAAAUAGUGGAGGCUGAUCAAGAAGAUAAGAGUCUUAGAAAAUACAAAGAAAACCUUUUAGGAACAGCUGCAAAGGAAGUUGUUGUUGUAGAUUCAGCAAAUCCAAACAGGGUUCUUGUUAAAGCACUUGCCCUUGUGGUUGACGGUCGACCUGAUUUAAAUCUGGAUCUUUCAGGUAACUUGGAUGAUCUUAAGAAGAAGGUCUUUAUUGUAAAAGAAGGAAUUCAAUACAGGAUUCGAAUUGACUUUUUUGUGCAACGUGAAAUCGUGACUGGCCUAAAAUAUGUUCAGAGGAUUUUGAGAUAUGGAGCUGAAGUUGAAACGAUCACUCACAUGGUCGGAAGCUACGGUCCAAAACUUGAACUUCAGUCAUUCAUCACACAACCGGAAGAGAUGCCGUCUGGGGUGGCUGCUAGAGGGAAGUACAUUGUUAAGUCCUUAUUCACCGAUGAUGACAGAAACGAACACUUGAAAUGGGAGUGGUGCUUUGAAAUAGAGAAAGACUGGGAGUAAAUGAAGAGUACGAUAAAGUUCCGCGUGCAGGCUUAAACUUUUGACGGUUAUGUGAGGACACAUUCCAGUCUAGUAUUUCCUGUUGUUUGGUUUAUGCUUAUUGUUAAGGUGCUUUGAAGAAAUAGUUUAUAAAUAGCUUAAAGACAAAAACUGAUUAAAUCCAUCUGUGCGUGUGUUCUGUACAGAAUGGUCGUCGUUUUUGGUGACCUAAUUACCGAGGGAUACCAGCUUUAUUAUCGAAGCUGUUCUCUUGUUAUUCUGUUCAUAUUUGAUGAAGUAAGGUUUCUGGUGCUUGUCUGCUCUGCACAUAGUUUAUGGUUAGAUAGAGCCUGUUGUGGAAAUUUGUUAUUGUCAGGCUGGAAGUUGAGGUUACUGAGAAGAAGGGUAUUUCGCAACCUGAUACUAGUUGGUCUACCUAGAAUUUUGUUUGCAAUAGGUAAAACUCGUGUUCGCAUAUUCAGGAUCGAGUUUAUGUGGAUCCCUAAAUUUUACCUCUUGGUAGCAAAGUUUCUAUUUAUUUUGAUCGUCACAUGAUCAUUUUCAAAAGAGAGACAAAUUUCAUGUGCUACAUAUGUCAUGUUAACAUGAUUUUCUUGGUUUACUUCAAAAUACAUUGAGAUUUUUUUUUUUUGAUAGUUAUAAUGUCACCGAAACAAACUCUCAUAUUAACUUGUACUUCUGGUUAAUGAAGUUAAAUGGGAGACGUCCACACUGAGGAUUUUUUUAUUAUCCUUAUUAUGUAGUUUACAUCUUUCUAUUGAAGUUUUUGUUCUGGUGUGGUAUGAUUUUUACAUGUAAUGUUAAAUGCACUUUUAUUUUCUGCAUUAUGUCCAUCAUAAGUUUUUGUACCAAAGAAAGUUUAGAAAACCUCCCCGUCCUUUGACUUUUGUAAGGUUUUAUACCUCAAAAACACUGAUAUUUCUAUGCUCUUAUUCCACAGAAUUUAGGGUUACACAUAACGUAUAUUUUGAAUACUGCUACAGAAAGUAAUUUUAUUUUGGUAAAGGUUUGUCCUUCAUUUCUACUCUUAAAAUUUUAAACUAAACAAUAUGGUGUUUUAAAAACUAUUAAAGAUAAUAUUUACGAAGGUUUGAAGUCCUUUUAAUCCACCAUUUAGUAAUUCUGGUUAUUAACCAGCGAGUUAAAGGGACUUAAAAACUUCAUGAAUAAUAUAUACACACCACCGUUGUAAGAAGACUAUCUUUAUUUCUUUGGUUAGCUGACCCAAGCUGUGCUUACGGCCGUGAAUAGGUGAGAUUCCUGUCCACAGCAGAGGGUCAAGGAAUAAAUUAGGCCUCUCCGUCACAAUUAUAUUUUCAAUUUUACCUUUGGUGAAGAUAAAUCUUUAAUAUUGUAUUUUGAAUACAUUUUAAUAUACUUUUAACUAACAUGAACAAUGAAGCAGCAGUUCAGAACUUUUAAAAGCUUCCUGUUUCAAAGUUUAAUUAUUACAAGAAUUGGUAUCUAGAAAGAGUAGCACCAAAUUGUGUUGGUAAUGUUUUUGGAAAAGAAAAGCUUUUUCCCAAAGUUUGAGUAUAACAGUGAAGCUACGACAGAUGCCAAGUUAUUUUCCAUGAGCUUGUAUAGUAGUUUGAACUGUUAACCAAUGCAAGUGAUUUCUGUUCACUUGUAAAACGAUAGGGGGGAAAAAAUAACAUUUAUGCAAGGCCUAAAAUUAGUUGUAACUUAGGAAAAUUGUUUCAAAUAGUUCUAUUGACAUUCUGUGAAUACAUUUCCAGUUACCAGUUGAAUACGAAAGAUUAAUGAAUGUUUUAAUUAUCCUGUACUUAUUCAGAAAUAUAAUUUUACAUUAAUGUGCAUAUUAGUUAUAAACAUGUGAAACUGACAUUCUAAUGUCAUAUGAACAAUGUUAUGGUUUUUACAAAAUGUCGAGAAAAUUUUCAAGUUAUUUAAAUAAUCUUUACUCAUCUUUUAAAUGAUAAUUUAAUACUUACGUUUUUAUUGAUUUUGCAAAACUGUGUUCUGAAAAGUACUUUCUUGAGAUCACAAAAUAUUCACUUCUGUCAAACACCACAAUAUUUUUCUUUUACAAGCACUAGAGGCAUUUUUAAUAACAACGAACAUUCUUUGAUUGCCAAUUAACGUUAUAAACUUAGAACACAACAAAAGUGAGGAUAUGUCUAGUAAGUGGCAUCCGUUGCUUUAUGUGAAAAAAAGUUGUCUACGAAGCAAGUGUUAGGCCUAAGGUCGCCGUUACGUAUUUUACGCAAAUGUUAUUCACUGUUCUGCUUCAGUAUGAGCUGUGAUUUAUUCCUCAUUUUCCAACUUGCCAAACAUUAUGAAACACCGAUAAAAAUGUUCCCUUAUUGUAAGACUUUUAAUACGGCAACCCUAAUCUGGUGGCGACUAACGUAGGACUAUCACACAAUCGGCGUCAUAUUUAUUGUGUUGCUGUUUAAGUGCUGCAAAAUGGAUUUUAGUAAAUACCACUUUUGGGUUAGUACACGUUGCACAAGAACUGUUGACAUUAUAUAAUGGCUGGGCCAAACAAGUAUUAUUGUAGUUUUUGUUAUUGAUUUACAAUUAGAGAUGUGUUUUAUGUAUCUUGAUGUUUUUUUUAUCUUUAUUUUAGCCAUGAUUGUUUAAACUAAAAGAGCCUUACAUUUAUUAAUAGAAUGAGAUAAUAUACACGUUUCUAUAUAAUUUUGUGUAUCUGUGCUUAUCCAUCUUGAUGUAUUGGAAAUUAACAUUCAAAUUGGGUGUUAAAAAGUAUUAUUAUAGUUCUGUAAUCACUGUUCUGACAAGAAAAAAAAAAAUGGUUAUAGACUUUCAUGACUAUUUAAGUUGUCAAGCAAGCACACAAGUCAUUCGGGGCGUUUUUUAAAAUGACAGAUGUAUGCGAGAAACAUAGUUAAGAGUUAUAAUGUGUCUAGUUUUACCUUGUAUACUCAAAAACAUGCUAUUUUGGAGGAAACUUAGCAAUUACUGUUGAGAGUGUUACCCUUGAUUUUCUUGUGCCCCUUUUAAAAAUCUCAUGUUUUUCAGUAAUUAUUUUGGAGAAUCAUAACCGUUAUCUUAAAUGGUAGAAGAAUGUAAUAUUGAUACAUUUAUCAUGUCACGUUAUGAUACGAGUAGUUUGUGUUAAAACUUUCUAAUAGUGAGGAAAUCAGAAAUCAACAUUGUUUUGUUGUCUAAUCAGAAUAAAGAAAAGGACUUUAAUUCUAUCUUAAGUUCAUUAGUAUUGUAUAAAACAAGUGAAAGACACUGAAGUUGUGGCUUUUAGGACAAAUCAACAUGUUUAAAUUACCAUUUUUUGUUCGAUCCAAAGUAUCCUAAUUCAAUAAAACUCGGUGGUAAGUCUGUAUGCACCAAAACUUGAGUUUUGAUACCCGCAGAGGAUAGAUAGCCCAUUGUGUAGCAUUGUGCUUAAUACAAAAUCAACAGAUCUGUUCAAUAGUGUUUGAUUCAAGUUAUAAUUUUUGCUUGUACAGAUGCUGUCUGAAAUUUAGUGUCGCACGGUCGGCAGUGAUUUUCUAAUGUAACCCAGUGUAUGGUACUUACUUUUAAAUAAAAUCUUGAUUUUGAA